AUGCGGGAAAGGAACAGGGAAGAAAAUCGUCGAACGUCAACCAACGCUGGUCAAACUCAAAACGACUGGAGCAUUAUAUCGGGAAAGAUUCGGGAAAUGAACCAAAUCAUGGAGACUGACACAGUGGUCAACUUGCUGAAGAAGCUUCACAAGGAGCUGCCGGCGGACUCCGUGCUCAAGUUCAUCAAGUGUUGGCUGGGCGACGCUGACGCCCUCAACGACCCCGACUCCUGUGUCCUCAGCCGACCCGACGCCAAAGGCCGGAUGCGACGUAUCGACGGUGGCAAGGGCUCCGACAAGGUUAGUCGUUGCCAGGCAACCCAUUUCACCCAGCACCCCAUUCCCAUCGACUGUUUCUCUUCCGUGACUGGAGGUCCUGAAGGCGCGCCAGUCGUUCGAUCUACUGGUUGGCCAUUGGUCCGUAUUCGUGCCUACCGUCCACCAAUCAGUGGGGCUGACAGGGCGUGCCCAUAUUCGGUGUGCCGUGAAUCCCGUCCGCGACACUUCCCACGACCCAUCCCACAGCGCAUCAACACUCCGACAACUGGACUGGUCGAUGUCAAGCUCCGACUUCGGGAUGCGCUCCUGGCAUGCCGAGACGUUCCAAAUGAUUCUCUCGCCCCAUUGUUCUACGCUAACACGAUUCACAUCGAAAGGGCGAGCAUUCUGGAGUCCCGUCUUUUCUCUCUCUCCCUUGAGGGCGGCGGUGGUGGUGGUGGUGGCGGCGAAGGGGCAAGGGUUGCGCAAGAAAUCGCAACACCAUCAAACUGUCCGAGGUGCUGUCGUGUUGGCCACCGUGCCACGCCUCUCCCAAUGCGAUUGACUGUGAAGUGUCUGUUGACCUCCCCCUUGCUGGGUUUCAAGUGCCACGCGGCGUUGGUGUGUCCUGUUGUGUCGGCUAAUCGCCAGCGCGGGCAGUACCCCCGCCCCCUUCUCCGCGUGCCUACUAUUUUUAAUGAGCGCAACCGUCACUUUUUAAAUUUCUUUAUUAUAACCGCCGCCGCCGCCUCGCAUGACUAA